AUGGUGUACAUUCCUAGAGUGAAGAAGCCCCAACCUCCGAAAGGACCGGACGAAUACUCCCCAAUUGAAAUCGUGGACACUCCUCCUCUCACACGCGUGUGUCGCUGUACGUUUUGUUCCAAGCCGAUGCUGCCGGAGCAAACUGAACCUUAUUGCUUACAGUUUAGAAAACUCCCUUUGAACACCGUACGAUCUCGCACUGUGGUUCUACGUAACGAAGGAGACACGGCAGCACACUGGCGCUCCGCAGUGCGACGAUGGCCGCGUAAAUGGAACGCACGGAACGUGCCCUGGUCCGUCGCGCCAGGCGUCGCUCUGCAGUGUGCGCCCGCGGCCGGCAAACUUCCACCGCGCGGGCUCGUCAAGCUGACUGUAGCUGUAUGUGCUGACAGCUGGGGACUUUAUCAUGACCAAAUAGUUAUACAGGUGGAACAUUUAGAGGCCAUAGUCAUAGACGUAUGGGUGGAGGUGACCGGUUCGCCUCUACAGUUCGCCUUGCGCCCUUCGAAAGCAGAUGACGAUAACGCACCUGUGCUUUGCACGGGACUCGAACCCAACAUCACUUGGUACAUAGAUGAGAUGAUAGUAUAUUUAUCUCGCAGGAUGUCAGCCUCCGAUCCUGAGCGUUACGUCCGCUUCACGAACACUUCUCGAGCAGAUCUAAUCAUCUACCCGUAUAUAUUAAAGAACCAUGAAUACUUUCAAGAGUCCCUGCCAUUUCGUCUGUACCUGCGGCUCUACGACGUGCUAACGCCAUCUUGUCCCUGCGUUAGCGCGCCUCAGGGAGUCAGUGAAGAACAUUCAAAAAGUAGCUUGUUUGAGGAAAUGGACACAGGUGUGGAGUUGGUUCUCGCUCCGGAUUAUGGCGUGCAGGAUAGCAGUUUCUAUCAAGUCGAACCAUCCAAAUUGCAAGUAAAAGCGCACACUAGUGAGGAAUUCCGGGUUCACCUGUUACCUCUACGCGGGGAAGCUCCUCAGGCUACGCUUCUGCUACAACUAAUGCCGGUCAUCGUAGCGAGAGAGGGUUGGUAUCGACCUACUCCACCGUUCCAGCCAGUCCAUAUCCGCAUAACACAACGCUUGGCACAUCUACAGGCAUCCUGUUCAGAGAUACGCAUCUCUGUUUGUGCCCUUGAUCUACCUUGCAAUGACGUUAUCAGAUUGCGGAAGCACUUCUGUAUCCGCAACACGGGAAACUGCGCCAUACUAACACGUUACAAAACCCCGCCCCGGUGGCGCGCCGGCCGCGUGCCCGCCGCGUGCAGCUCGCACAACACAGAAACCAGCCUAACUGUACCACCUCAUAGCUCUACUGAAGUAAAACAUUAUAUC